GGAAAUUCGAUAAGGAAAUUUGAGAAUGUUUUAAAAAUAAAUUGAAAUUGAACAAGAAGCAACAAAAAAAAAUAAAAUCAGUUUCAACAGACGUCCAUCACAGACAAUCGAUAGUUCAUUAUGUAUCGAAUUUUAGUGAUUCUCUUUCUCUGGUUUGACACAACUCGCACAUGGAAUUUAAAUUUCAAUUCGCACAGAAAUGAUCCAUAUGAAGCCUUCCAACGAAAAAAUUUUCUUCCGACAGAUGAUUUUGAUAUAGAUAACGACUAUUCGAGAUCCCCUAACGCAAUUCCAUUAUCACCAAAAACAAAGACACAUUACUACUACAAAACUCAUCAAAGUCGAACUGUUUCUAUUCCAAGUCAUCAGCGUGGUGGAAAGAUUCAUGUUGGACCUGAUGAUAAUGAAACUAAAUCUUAUGUUGCCAGAAUUGACACUACAAAUUUGGGACCGAGAAGACAUGCUAGACGACUGGGAUCUGAAGAGGAAAUGAUGGAUGAAGAUGACAGUGGACGAAAUGAUAUGAAGCCUUUCUUUCGAGCUGGAAAACUUUGCAUAAAAUGUCCACCAGAGAAAAUUCUAAUAGCCAAAAAGGGUCUUGAUGGAGUUCAAGUUGAAGUCCCACAGCUGACAACUUGUAACGAUAGACCAAUAUCAAAAUCACUUUACGAAUUGGAGACACUGUUCAGUAAGAAGCAUCAUUUCAUUUUACCCAAAGGACAGCAUUCAUUCAUAGCACAAGUUGUGAACAAAAAGAAUUACUCAAUCGAGCAUGUCUGUAAUUUAAAGUAUAAAAUAAUUGUCCGAAGCUGUGGACCUUACAAUCCAAUUAAUGACAAUAUUAAAGUGAAAUGUGACUCUGCAGAUAUUUGGGGAUCAAAAUGCACAUUCGCAUGUAAAAAUAAUGGCAUAUUGACACAUAAGGAACCAUUGGUAUGCAAUGAUAACCUCGAAUGGCAUGGACCAGCCGAACCUGAAUGUAUCGUUCAACAGAGAGAUUAUUAUAAGAGAAUCGAAAACUCAAUAGCAUCAUGUCAACUACCAUCAUCGCCAGAUCAUGCAAAGUUUUCAUGUAAAGUCAAUCGAGAUUUGAUAAAUGAGCAUGAAAAUGAGCUGUUCAUCCCCGAUGGAACGAGUUGUCGAAUAAAGUGUGCACGUUUUCAUGAGAUACCCGAUCACCUGCAAAAGUUUUCAUCCAUUCAAUGUAAAAAUGGUCGUUGGAAUUAUACGAUACACAGUAAUGUGAAUUUCUGCACGAAGAUACAAUUGAAGAAGUUUCCUUGAUUGAUGGUUGAUGUUUAUGUGAAGAUUUAAGCACAAAU